AUGAAGACCAUCCAGACCCUUCCCGUAGCCAUGAUGCUCUCAGGCGUCAUCGCUGGUGAGGAGUUCCCAUCUAUGCCCGGCAUGAAGGGCGAGGGAAUGUCUGCCCCUACCAAACCACCUCCUUCUACUGCUAUGGGUGGCAUGGGUAGUGGCAUGGGCGCCAACUGCCCUCCAGCUGUGCCUGUCACAGUCACAGAGCCAGUUUACAUUACUGUUACUGAGUGCCCAGUAGCUCCUCCUACUGGAGGUCCUACUCCUCCCACUGCUGGCGGCGAGUCUUCCCCCCCUCCCGCUGGUGGAGAGUCUCCUCCUCCUCCUGCUGGCGGCGAGUCUCCUCCUCCUCCCGCUGGUGGAGAAUCCCCUCCCCCCCCUGAGGAAACAGCUCCUCCUACCACGCCCGAGGAACCUAUCGUUCCUCCUCCUUCCGGACCUUCAGAGACCCCAGUUGGACCUCCCGCCGUGCCGGUUGCGGCUGGUAACAAGGCUACCUGGAGCCUAGGAGCUCUCGUCAUGGCAGGAGCUGUUGCUCUGGCACUCUGA